AUUGUUUACUACAAAUCUAAAAGACGCAUUAUUAUCUUUAUUUCAUCUGAUACACUAUAACAUGUGAAACUUGUACAGUUAAUUUUAUUUAACAUAGUUCUAGUGAAGUUUAAAUUAAAAGUGUUAAGUAUAACCAUGGCCGAAACAUCAAUGCUAAAACGACAUUCUGUAGGAUCUGUUAUACAUUUCAACCCUUCAUGGGAAAAAGCAUAUUUUUUUACGGAGCAUGACCAUAACGUUAGAUGCUUAGUGUGUUUGAAAAGCCUAAAUCACGUGAAGAAAUAUAAUCUUCAACGACAUUACAAUACGUUCCAUGCCAAGCAGUAUUCUCGGUUCACGGGUGAUGAGCGACUCGCGGAAAUUGUACGAUUAAAGUCCAAAUUAAUGGACGCAAAAGAAGACGUACUUAGUGCAGUGGAUAAUAACCCGACUGACGAAGCCGCACUUCGGGCAAGUUAUCGUAUCGCAUUAGAAAUUGCAAAAUCCUCGUGCUGUUUCCUGAACGAUGAUUUCGUGAAACAUUGUUUGCUCUCAGUGGUAGAGGAAAUGUGUCCGGAACUAGUGUACAAAUUUGAGUGCAUCGGUAUGUCGGACGACACGAUCACACGUCGCAUCUAUGAAAUGGCCAACAACGUUACCGAACAACUAAGCAACAUUAUUCAAACAUUUAUUGCAUAUUCGAUAGCUGUGGAUGAAAGUACCGAUGUGUCCGAUGGACCAUUACUUGCAAUCUUUAUUCGCGGUGUAGAUAAAAAUCUGACGGUCACCGAAGAAUUAUUAGAUAUUUUCUCUGUAAAGAAAAACACGUCAGGGGAAGAUGUAUUUUUAUGUGUAGAAGAGGUAAUGGAACAGAAUAAUUUACAAUGGGAUAAACUAGUUUCUGUAGCAACUGGCGGAGCUCCUGCAAUGGCGAGGAGACACAACGGAUUUGUAGCCCGUCUUCGAAUAAAAUUGCAAAAUUUAGCAAUUCCUCACGAAGUGAUUGCAAUACGUCACAGUGUCGAUCCGCAAAAUUUAUGCUCGAAACGCGUUCAUUUGGAUGAUGUAAUGUUGCUCAUUGUUCGGACAAUGAAUUAUAUACGCUAUCACGGUGCAACGCACAGGGACCUUAUAAUGUUUCUGGAAGAGCUUGAUGCCGAAUACGGCGAACUGCCAUACCAUACAGAAGUGCAUUGGAUUAGUCGUGGAAGAAUCCUAAACAGAUUUUUUGAACUCCGCGAGGAGAUUCGAGUAUUUAUGGAUAUGAUAGAGCAACCAGUUCUGGAACUUCACGACGAAUCGUGGGUGAUAGAUUUGGCAUUUCUGUCCGACGUGGUUGAUCAUCUGAACAUUCUGAAUGCAUCCUGGCAAGAAAAAGGGAACUCAAUUAUGAAAUAUGCUCACGAUGUAUCGAUGUUUCGAAUACAGCUAGACUUUUGGAUAGAGCUUCUGUAUUUUGGACGUGUUCCAGACUUUACCAAGUUAAAUACAAUAACAUCCUUAAAUCUUGAACGGCACAAAACUAUUUUACAGAAUCUUCUGAGAGAUUUCGAAACUAAAUGUGAAGAUACAGUUAAAUUGAUGGAUGAGUUGAAUAUAAUAGAGUCGCCAUUUAACAUUCGUGUGGUCAUAUCUGAUCCUCAACUACAAUUGGAAUUAUUAGACUUGAAAUGUGACAGGGCAUUAAAAGACAAAUUUCAACAGAAGCACAAUUUAUUGGACUUUUACAACAACCUUAAUCAAUGUAGAUUUCCCCAGCUACACAAGUGUGCUGCAAGGAUCAUAACGAUGUUUAGCUCCACGUACAUUUGCAAGCAAUUGAGUUCUGUUUUAACUCAGACAAAAUCUAUAAACAAAGCUGGAAUCUCGAAUCAUAAAUUCUUUAAAUCAAGACUAAUAUUAAAUAUGGCCCAAUCAAUUGUUCCUAAUAUUACAGAGCUAGUAGAUCGCGAAAAAGAAUCCAGAAUGCCGAAUUAAUCUUGCGUGAAGUAUUCAGGUGAAGCUGACUGUACCUGAAAGUCUAAUGAAUAAUAAGGGAGCUAGCUACAAGCUGUCGAGAGAUUUUAUCGAGCCCACUGUCAA